AUGGUUUACGUCCAUGGAGGCUCCUUUGUGGAGGGAACAGGGAACAUGAUCGAUGGCAGCAUCCUGGCCAGCUACGGGAACGUCAUAGUCAUCACCAUCAACUACCGCCUUGGAGUCCUGGGUUUUCUAAGUACAGGAGACCAGGCGGCCAAGGGGAACUAUGGUCUCCUGGAUCAGAUCCAGGCUCUCAGGUGGAUCAAAGAGAACAUCCAGGCCUUUAAAGGUGAUCCCAAGAGAGUGACCAUAUUUGGUUCUGGUGCUGGAGCGUCAUGUGUCAGCCUGCUCACUCUUUCACAUUACUCAGAAGAUUUGUUUCAGAAAGCCAUCAUUCAGAGUGGCACAGCCCUUUCCAGCUGGGCGGUCAAUUACCAGCCUGCGAAGUACACCCGAUCUCUGGCUGAGAAGGUGGGCUGCAACAUGCUGGACACCAUGGACCUUGUGGAGUGUCUCCAGAAGAAGAACUACAAGGAGCUGAUUGAGCAGUAUGUCACACCUGCAAAAUAUCACAUUGCCUUCGGGCCAGUGAUCGAUGGAGAUGUUAUCCCUGAUGACCCUCAGAUUCUCAUGGAGCAAGGAGAGUUCCUCAACUAUGACAUUAUGCUGGGGGUUAAUCAGGGUGAGGGCUUUAAGUUUGUGGAUGGAAUUGUGGACAGUGAGGAUGGAGUGUCUGCUAAUGAUUUUGAUUUUGCUGUGUCUGACUUUGUGGACCACCUGUACGGAUACCCAGAGGGUAAGGACACCCUGCGGGAGACCAUCAAAUUCAUGUACACUGACUGGGCAGACAAGGAUAACCCAGAGACCCGCAGAAAGACCCUGGUGGCUCUCUUCACCGACCACCAGUGGGUGGCACCUGCUGUGGCCACAGCAGACCUCCACGCCCAGUAUGGCUCUCCCACCUACUUCUACGCCUUCUACCACCACUGUCAGAGUGACAUGAAGCCUAGCUGGGCUGAUUCUUCCCAUGGUGAUGAGAUACCCUACGUAUUUGGGAUCCCUAUGAUCGGCCCAACAGAUCUUUUCAACUGCAACUUCUCCAAGAACGAUGUGAUGCUGAGUGCUGUCGUAAUGACCUACUGGACAAAUUUUGCCAAAACAGGGGACCCGAAUCAGCCAGUUCCACAGGAUACAAAAUUCAUUCAUACAAAGCCCAACCGAUUUGAGGAGGUAGCCUGGAUGAAGUACAACCCCAAAGACCAGCUGUACCUUCACAUAGGUCUCAAACCUCGAGUCCGAGACCACUACCGAGCUACAAAGGUAGCUUUUUGGCUCGAACUGGUUCCACAUAUCCAUGAUAUAAAUGGAUUCUUUCAGUAUGUAUCUACUACCACCAAGAUCCCACCCCAGGACACCACCCCCUACCCUUACACCAAGCGCUUUCCUGGUAAAAACAACUGGCCGUCAACCACACGCCACCCAGGCAUUCCGUCAGUUAACGUCAAACAUACCACAGACCAGCGUAAGAGUGGUGACCUGACCAAUGAGUCCACUGUGAUCAUUGAAACCAGGAGAGACUAUUCCACCGAGCUAAGUGUCACCAUUGCUGUCGGAGCCUCACUGCUCUUUCUCAACAUCCUUGCAUUUGCAGCACUAUACUACAAAAAGGAUAAACGGCGCCAUGAAUCCAACAGGCAUGUUCCUAGUACCCCACAGCGCAGCUCCGCUCCUGCCAGCACUCCAUCUGUGGCUAACGAUGUAGCCCACCUCCAGAAUGAAGAACUGUUGACCUUACAGAUGAAGCAGAAGAAAUUGGAACACGAGCAGCCACAUGAGUGCGAGUCCUUACAGAGUCAUGAUGCAUUGCGACUUGCUUGUCCUCCCGACUACACCCUGACCCUGCGCCGGUCACCUGAUGACAUCUCACUGAUGACACCCAGCACCAUCACCAUAAUCCCCAACUCGCUGACUGGUAUGCAGCCACUGCACAACUUCAACCCUUUUGGUGGCGCCCAGAACAGUACCAACCUGCCCCAUGGUCACUCCACUACACGGGUAUAGUUGAGCUGGGUCAGGACAGUGCCAGAUUCUUUCUGGUUUGACCCGCACAAGGCUAAUACCUGUCACUGACUGGGAAAAGCACAGACUCCAAAGUCUAAGCAGAUGUUAUUUUAUUACCACACCUUCUUGACGAGUAUAAAUAACUUUUUCAACAAAUUCUGAUUGAAUGUUACUUUAUGGAGAUUUUGUGGAGCAGAGCUUCACUGAGAAGAUUUUCCUUAAAGAC